AUGAAAGCCUUCAUUGAACGCAAAGAAAGUUCUUCGGAUUUGCUGAGCAGAUACAAAGCAAGAAAAAUGUUAGGAGUUGGUGAAUCGUCUGGUAAUGUCGUUUCUUCAAAGGUGACGCAACUACUUGGUGAUUCCAAUGAAGCAAAACUAGAUAUUCAAGAUAUUCCAUGCAUACACUGUUGGAAUUAUCUAAUGGCUUUGUUGAUAUUAUUCUUUGGAUUACUGCUAAUAGGAUUUCCGACACCACAUAGUAACUGGUUUCUUCAAAGAUUAUUUCCAAUCUCAGAUAACUAUGAUAAUACAAUAUCAACUGAAUCUUGCACAUCUUGGAUGUUUACAUCUAGUUAUUGCUUCAGGAAUGCUUUAUUCUCUUUGACGAUAAAAAUGAAUGGAAUCCAUGUAUCACAACUAUUAUCGUCUGCUUAUUCAGUGACUUUUGUGACAGUUCAUCUUUUAACAAAACAAUUGAAUUGGAUAGUUUACAUAUACACCUUUAUAACAAUGAUUACUAUUAUAUUCCAUAUAAAACUUUCAAAGAUACAAGUCAAAGGAUGGAUGUUAACAGUGAAACAAUAUUUUCUUAAUAAAUUAUCAAUUACAAAUACAUAUUAUUCAUCAAAUGAAGCAACUAAAAUAAAUUGA